AUGACAAAAAUUAACGAAUAUUCCGAAAAGUUGGAAAAAUCAGAAAAGGAAAGUGAAGAGAUGUCACUCGCGUCGCAUAGUUUGCAUCUUCCACCUUGCGAUAUUAACGUUUUUAAAGGUGACUAUCUGUCGUGGCCAACUUUUCGUGGCAUGUUCACGGCAAUUUAUAUCUUGAACAAACGGCUUACACCCAUACAGAAGCUUUAUUAUCUGAAUCAGAAAACGCAGGGUGAGGCCAAAGAAAUUGUCAAGAAAUGGGACUUAACGAAUGAAGGCUUUAACACAGCCUGGAAGAAUCUUUGCGAUAGAUAUGAAAAUAAGAGGAUCCUAGUUAAUACUCAGUUGAAGAUUCUCUUCAACUUGAAUACAGUUGAGAGCGAAUGUGGAAGCUCAAUAAGAGAUUACAAAGGGAUAUUAAUAAUUGUAUAUCAUCCCUAG